UUAUUUAACAUAGAUAUGUUUUGGUUAAGAGAAGAUGAUUAGUGAACACCCUGACAGAUAAAGGUGCUAUAAAAUGGUUCACGUUUAGCUCCCACGUCUUGUUCACAUCUUGCAUUGCACUCUUUUGGAAUUCAAAUUUCGCAUUCAAUCUCUGUAACCGACAGAUAAAGGCGACAAUACCUCAUCUUCCCUCUCACACUAUCAAUAAUCAUGCACCUACAGAAGCCGACACUCGCAACGACCCUUUUCGCUGUUUUGCUCCUUAUCCAUUUCUCAUAUGCUCUCAAGGAAGGACAAACAUGCGUGGCAAACAGGAACUGCGACUCGGGUUUGCAUUGCGAAACGUGCGUGGCGAAUGGAAACGUGCGACCACGGUGUACUCGCAUACAGCCAAUCAACCCCACUUCAAAGGUAAAAGGUUUGGCGUUUAAUCGGUAUUCAUGGCUGACGACGCAUAAUUCAUUUGCGGUUUUGGGUCAGAAAUCAAAGACGGGUUCUGUUAUUCUGGCUCCCACGAAUCAGCAGGACACCAUCACAGACCAGCUUAAUAAUGGUGUACGAGGGUUGAUGCUUGACAUGUACGACUUCCAGAAUGAUGUUUGGCUGUGUCACUCAUUUGGUGGCCAAUGCUACAACUAUACAGCUUUUCAACCUGCCAUCAAUGUUCUCAAAGAGAUUCAAGUAUUUCUAGACUCAAACCCAUCAGAGAUUGUUACAAUUUUCAUUGAGGAUUAUGUAACAUCUCCAAAAGGCCUAACAAAGGUGUUUGAUGCUGCUGGACUGAGAAAAUUCUGGUUUCCAGUGUCGAGAAUGCCCAAAAAUGGUGGAAAUUGGCCAACGGUAGAUGAUAUGGUCAAGAAGAAUCAGCGUUUAGUAGUCUUCACUUCAAAAGCAUCUAAGGAAUCUUCUGAAGGGAUAGCUUAUGAAUGGAGAUAUUUAGUGGAAAACCAAUAUGGAAAUGGAGGGAUGAAGGCUGGUUCAUGCCCAAAUCGUGCAGAGUCACCAGCUAUGAACACAACAUCAAGAUCAUUAGUUCUAGUGAAUUUCUUUAGAGAUAUUCCAGAUGUGACCAAAUCUUGCAAGGACAAUUCGGCUCCUUUGCUUAGCAUGGUCAAUACUUGUUAUGAAGCAGCUGCCAAACGUUGGCCUAAUUUCAUUGCUGUUGAUUUCUACAAGAGGAGCGAUGGAGAAGGAGCUCCAGAAGCAAUAGAUGUUGCCAAUGGUCAUCUAGUAUGUGGAUGUGAAAACAUAGCCUCGUGUAAGGCUAACAUGACAUUUGGAGCAUGUCAGCAACCUGAGGCUAUAGCCACUCCUCCCAAUGCAGCAGCACGUGACUCUAGCUUUGGCAUUAGAAAUUGCAAGCCAGUGUGGUCUUAUGCCACCAUUGUUUUUGGGGCUAUGCUCGUGGCAUUGUGAACAUAAUUCCCCUUGAUAAAAUGCAUGCAGAAGAGAGUAGGAGAAAGUGUGUGAAGAAAAGAAACCAUUUUUGGGUGCUGUGCAAUGGUUUUUAUUUGAUUUUAAUUUUGAGAGAGGAGCUUUGGAAGGUGUAGUUGUAAUUUUUAAGUCAUAGUGGGUAUGCAAUGGAUUCUGAUCUCUAACUUAAUAUUGCUGAGUUAUGAGUGUGCAACAUGUGGUGAAGGGUAUGCUAUCAUUGAUUUAAUGGCGCACUCGAACCAAAAAUUAUACAAUCCAUGUAACAAUUAUCCAUGGGUAUAUUUGACAUAGCUAUACACCUUGUGUAAGAUAAGCCUUUAAUAUACCACUGACUCAGAGUACUACUAUUAUUUUUUUAA